AAAGCCGCCACUGCUCUGGAACUGUACCCAGCCACCACCUCCACCACCAUUGCGAGAUCACGGCACCACCCCAGCCAUGACUGCGCCGGACGGUGACUCCUUUGAAACUCCAACUCUGGACAACGAGAGAUCAAAUCUGCUCCAGAAAGUCUCGGACGUUGGCGGUUACGCUUACGUCAGCGUGGCUACGCAGGCAGCCGCCGGUGACAUCCGGGCGGCGGAGGCUGCGCGUGAGAUGGCUUGGGAACAGCUCCACUCGGGGCCAUGGCACUCGGUCUUGCCUGUUUGGAGAGAUGCCUACUCGAUGGCGUGUCUACAAGUCGCGGCGUUCCACCAUGACGCCGGGGAUUUCAGAGAGGCGCUUAGGGUUCUUGAUAUGGGUUUGAUAAUGGGAGGGAUGCUUUUGCGCUCUGAUUUGGAUUCUGCCAUCGGGAAGGUUUUAAGUAAAUCGAAUGCGGCUAAAGGGUUGGAUGCUGGAGAGGGUCGUCGCAUGGGGGAAGUUGUUUUGAAUUGCCAGCGUUCCAAUGAGGCGGAGGUUUUACAGGUGUUACCAAUUAGGUCACUCUCUUGUAAGAGAGUUGAGAAAAGGUCUUCUCUUUCUUUGGAGGAAUUUUUAUGUGAUCACUUUCUAGCUGGUUCUCCCGUUGUUAUCAGCAAUUGCAUGAACCACUGGCCUGCCAGGACAAAAUGGAAAGAUUUGGAUUAUCUGAAAAGGGUUGCAGGUGAUCGCACAGUUCCAGUUGAGGUUGGAAAAAACUAUCUCUGCACAGAAUGGAAACAAGAGUUGAUCACAAUUUCGCAGCUUCUUGAGAGGAUUCACUCUGGUGAUUCAACUACUGUUGGCCCGACAUACCUUGCUCAGCAUCCAUUGUUUGAUCAGAUUUUUGAUCUACGAAGGGACAUAUUGGUUCCAGACUACUGUUAUGCUGGUGGUGGGGAGCUCAGGCCUCUUAAUGCUUGGUUUGGCCCUGCUGGGACGCUCACACCAUUGCAUCAUGACCCACAUCAUAAUAUUCUCGCUCAGGUUGUUGGCAGAAAGUAUGUAAGGCUUUACCCUGCUUCUAUAUCAGAGGAUCUUUACCCUUAUGAUGAGCCUAUGCUAAGCAAUUCCAGCCAGGUCGAUCUGGACAAUCCAGAUGAGAAGCAAUUUCCAAAGGCGGUAGACUUGGAUUUUAUGGACUGCAUCUUAGAGGAAGGCGAAAUGCUUUACAUUCCACCAAAAUGGUGGCAUUAUGUGAGAUCUCUUGCAACAAGUUUCUCUGUUAGUUUUUGGUGGAGCGAGGGCAGCAGCUCACCUGUCUCCUGAUGGCCCAUUAACCUUUUUGUUAUUUUGCUUUUAUUCAUACUUCUUCUCUAAAUAAAGUACAGUACCCGAAAGCUGCUAAAAUCUUAGCUGAUUUUCUCAGGCAAAUCCACAAUGACCUACUACAUACUGGAGACCGUCUAUGGAUGCCCUUCAUUUUGUUGUACAUAAGCACAUUAUUGACUGAACUUGAAAAUAGAA